UGGAAUGGUGAAAGAAGAAGAAGAUGAUGGGGGAGGCAUCUGCGGCGAUUGCGGCGCUUCUCAUUGGCAUUCUGGUUAAUGGGCUGAGCUCAGCUAAUGCUGAUACAGAUCCAAGUGACGCCUCUGUCCUAAGGGGUAUGUUUACCAGCCUGAAUUCACCAGCUCAGCUAACAAACUGGAAAGCAAAUGAUGGUGACCCCUGUGGAGAAUCCUGGAAGGGCAUAUCUUGCUCGGGCAACAAAGUAACUGAAAUCAAAAUUUCAAAUCUAGGACUCACUGGAAAUAUGGGAUUCCAAUUGGAUCAACUGAAAUCUGUAACCAACUUUGAUAUAAGUAACAACAAUCUUGGGAACCAGUUACCUUAUCAGCUUCCUCCAAAUGUGCAGAGACUAAAUCUUGCUAAUUGUGGUUUUAACGGUCAACUCCCUUUUUCCAUUUCACAAAUGACUUCUCUUCAAUAUUUAGAUGUGAGUCACAAUCAAAUUCAGGGCCAAUUGAACGAUAUGUUUGGAUCUCUUUCUUCUCUCUCAACAAUGGAUUUGUCUUUCAAUUCUAUGGCGGGUAAUCUUCCUCAAAGUUUUGCAUCACUUACAAGUUUGAGCAACAUGAAUUUGCAGAGCAACCAGUUUACUGGGACCAUUGAUGUCCUCGCAAAUCUACCCCUUGAUAAGCUGAAUGUUGAGAACAACCAUUUUACCGGCUGGAUUCCUCAGCAGCUGAAAAGCAUAAAUAGUUUACAAACGGACGGUAAUACAUGGAACUCGGGGCCUGCACCCCCACCCCCUCCUGGCACACCACCUGCAAACAAGCCCAAUAGAAAUCGCCAAUCUGGAAGCGGUGCGUCAAAUGACAGUGAUGGUGGUGGGAAAUCUGGUAUAGGUGGUGGUGCUAUUGCUGGAAUUGUAAUAUCCAUUUUAGUUAUUGGAGCAAUAGUAGCUUUCUUUGUUAUGAAGAGAAGAUCAAGAAGGAAAUCAACUGAUAUAGAAAAAAGUGAAAAUGAGAUGUUUUCUCCUCUUGCUUCGAAACAAGAGAUGAAAUCUCUUGAAACUUCCUCCACAAUGAGCACAGAAACGUUUGAGACUCCUGCUGCUGUCAAUCUAAGACCUCUAAGAGCUCCACCUGUCGAGUUUCGCUUAGAUGAAUAUGAUGCAUCACCCAAACCCAUUGCUCCCCCCAAGAAAAUCAAUACAGCGCGGAUAAGUGCUACUCAGUAUUCUAUUGCAGACUUGCAGAUUGCUACAGAUAGCUUCAGUGCUGAAAAUCUUCUUGGUGAGGGAUCAAUAGGUCGUGUUUACCGGGCUCAAUUUGAAGAUGGGAAGGUUCGUGUUGUAAAGAAAAUUAAUUCUUCUGCUGUCCAAUACCCUGAAGAUUUUCUGGAUGUGGUUUCUACAACAUCUCAGCUGCAUCAUGCAAAUGUCACCGAGCUUGUAGGAUACUGUUCAGAGCAUGGACAGUAUCUACUGAUUUUCGAAUUCCACAAAAAUGGUUCUUUGCAUGAUUUCCUUCAUCUCUCAGAUGAGUACACCAAGCCACUAACUUGGAACAGCAGAGUUAAGAUAGCAUUGGGGACAGCACGUGCAUUGGAGUAUCUACAUGAAGCUUGCUCACCUUCAGUGGUUCAUAAAAAUUUUACUUCUUCCAACAUUUUACUUGAUUCGGAGCUCAAUCCUCAUCUAUCAGACUCUGGAUUAGCAAGCCUUAUACCAGAUGAAGAUCAGGCUUUGAACCAUAAUUCAGGGUCUGGUUAUGGUGCACCUGAGGUUUCCAUGUCCGGGCAGUAUACCAUAAAGAGCGACGUGUAUAGUUUUGGGGUGGUCAUGUUGGAACUUAUUACUGGAAGAAAGCCAUUCGAUAGCUCAAGGCCAAGACCCGAGCAAUCUUUAGUUCGAUGGGCGACACCUCAGCUCCAUGACAUUGAUGCACUGUCUAAGAUGGUUGAUCCAGCACUUGAAGGACUUUAUCCAGUCAAAUCCCUCUCCCGCUUUGCUGAUGUGAUUGCUCUCUGUGUCCAGUCGGAACCUGAGUUCAGGCCUCCCAUGUCAGAAGUCGUUGAGGCCUUGGUUCGGUUGGUGCAACGAGCAAACAUGAGCAAGAGGACAACCGCACCACUAGGCAACGACAGUGCAGAUGCCGAGUAAUCCAAGCCCUUAGAUUCAACGGUUCAGAUGAUGCCUCUGUAACAUCUCUUCAAGUGAAAGGUUCUCUUUCUUUGUUCCCCUGCACUGCUGCUACUGGCUCUGCUACAUCAUACUGCUUACUGGAUUCCAUGAGAGCUGUUCAUAGCUUGCUGCAUUCUUUCAUUAUUUAUUUCUCAUCGUUUCAACCUUACAUGGAAUGAAAGAUUUCCUCCUGUUCUUUGUGCCUUGAUCAAAUAAUUUGGAACAGAGCAUUUACAAUAGUGGAAGAUUUGGCUACAUAAUGAUGCAUUAUGCAUAUCCACAAUGUACAACUCAUCUUUUCUUACCAUACAUAAAAAUGUUGCAGUUGUUAGCCUGUCAA